AUGGGUCUGUUCGAUUACUUCACCUCUUCCAGCCCGGCCGACAAGCGCGCGACGGAGGUACGCACUGGAGCCGUCGCCCCGACCCGUGCCGAGCGAGACCGCUGCUGGGUCGCUCGCGACGCCUACUUUGCCUGUCUGGACGCCAACGGGAUCGUCGACGCACUCAAAGACGAGAAGGCGGCAGCGAAAGCGUGUGGGAGUGUGGGGGAAGAGUUUGAGAGGGAUUGUGCGGCGCAAUGGGUGACAUACUUCAAAAAAUGGCGGGUGCAGGACAUCCAGAAGAAGGCACGCUUGAAAGAGCUCGAGGCUCAGGGGGCAAACAAGAUGGAUAUCCAGACGGACUUCGCGGAGCGGAAAUGA